AUGUCUAUGAAUUAUACUAACGACACUACUCUGGAAAAUCUAGUACAUACUGUAAUUAUUUCAUCCAUAUCUCUGUUUGUUUCAUUGAUUGGUAUAGUUGGAAACGGUCUUGUUAUCUGGUUCCUUUCCUUUAAGAUUAAGAAGAAUCCAUCCACAGUCUAUAUAUUCAACCUUGCCCUGGCCGAUGCUUUUUUCCUUGUCUGUGUUUCUGUGUUGCAUAUUUUUACUGUAGUGCUUAAUAUAGAAGUACCCUUUGAACAAAAAAUUGAAGAUGGGCACCUAAACAACGUAUUAAGUUCCUUGACAAUAUCUUGUCUCUUUGGAUUCAACACUAGUGUAAGCCUUCUAACAGCUAUUAGUGUUGAAAGGUGUAUCUGCGUACUGUUCCCUAUUUGGUAUUACUGCAACCGUCCGAGAUAUCUCUCCUCCAUCAUAUGUUCAGCCAUAUGGUUCAUGUCCUGUCUAUUCUCUAUAUUAGAGUUUAUAUAUUGUUACUAUGAAUCAUACAAACAAAAUAAUGUGCAUGAAAUAUCUGGUGGAGGAUGUGAGUACAUGUUUGUGACUAUUUGCUUUAUUAGCUUUAUGCUCUGCAUUCCGUCAAUGACUGUGUCAAGUUUGGUUCUCCUUAUCAAGGUUUGGACCACUUCCCAGCAUCGUCAACCUCAGAAGCUCUAUCUUGUGAUUACAGUAACUGUUAUCUCCUUCCUGUUGUUUGCCAUGCCCAUGAGGAUUUCACUGUUGGUGUGGUACAAGCACCAAAUUAUGCCACCUUUUCCCAUAAUGGACAUCUUUUCUCUGUUUAUCUGUGUCAACAGCAGCAUAAACCCUUUCAUUUAUUUUCUUAUUGGUCACAGAGGAACUGGUGGUGGAAAGCGUAAUCUGCGUACUAUUCUACAGAGUGUUUUCCGAGAAGAAGGAAGUCAAAUCAGGAAGGCACAAAGUAACAUAAAUACAAGAGAUGCAAUAGUAUAA